AUGAUCGACGAGGGAACGGAGUUAUCUGUUACUAUCGCUCAGAUUGUCCAGCGACUGAAAGGAACCCAUUUGCAUUCUCAGCUGGAGAGAGAGGCCAAAGAAUGUUUGCACAGACCGGAGAUAAAACUAGAGUCACUUAAAGAGGACGUUCGUAAUUUCUUGAAGGAAUCAGGUUGGGAAAGAAAAUUACAGAACGCAGUGUACAGAGAACUAAAUAUUUUGUCUCCCCCUGGGCACCCUACAGCGCCACCUGAGCAUAUUAAGGAACCCCUGGUAUACAUGCGCAAAGCACAGGCCAACUGGGAGAAAAGGAUUCUAAAAAGUUUAAACAGUAUGUGCACCGAACUGGGAGUGCCGCUGGCUCGGAAGAGACCUGUCCCAGAACAGAAGGAAAUGACAAACAAAUGGAAUGAAAUGGGAACUGACGAACCAGAUCUAAGCCGUUUCAGGCCCGUCUACGCGCCUAAAGACUUCUUAGAGGUGCUGAUUGGUUUGCAGAAUCCAAAUCAGGAGUCUUGUGAUGAACCCAGUGCCAGGAGUCACUGGGGCCUCAUCCAGGUGCCGCUAAAUGUUCCAGAUAUCUCCCAGUUGAGGGAGGCCUACCCAGAGCUUGAUCUUACUACUAGUCAGCUUGGCAUCGAUGACCACACCAAUGUGCCCCCAGAUUUGUUUGAGUACGAGCACAUAAGGAUUGGCCGGAAAGUUCUGAGUGAGCAGGACAGUGCAGCGGCUCAGCAGUACAGUCGACAGGGCUGUCCCACAGGCCUCAGAGCACAGCUGUGGGCCCUGAUUCUCAAUGCCACCAACGAACCCGAGGACAUUGCGCACUAUGAGCAGCUGAAGGCCGGAGUUAUUCAUCAUGAUCUGCUGGUAGACAACCUAAUCUACAAGGACGUGAAACUCACAGCAAGUAAUGAUGACUACUACUUUGUGUUUGAAGAUUUCCUUUAUCAGGUCCUGCUGUGUUUUUCUCGAGACACUGCAGUCCUGGAACAUUUUAACUACAACAGUGCCACCCCUCCCAAGUCCUGUGUCCACGGAAAGUCAGGAGCAGAGAAAGUUGCUGUGGUCUAUCCUCCAAAUGGUCUGAUCCCAUUCCAUGGCUUCUCCAUGUAUGUUGCUCCUCUGUGUUUCCUGUAUAAUGAGCCGUCCAAACUGUACAGUGUCUUCAGGGAGAUGUAUGUGCGCUAUUUCUUCAGACUGCACUCCAUCUCUUCAUCUCCCUCAGGCAUAGUGUCCCUGUGUCUGCAGUUUGAGAGACUCCUGCAGACUCAUCUGCCUCAGCUGUUUUACCAUCUGAGAGAAAUCGGAGCCCAGCCAUUACGCAUUGCCUUCAAGUGGAUGGUCCGGGCCUUCUCAGGGUACCUGUGUACUGAUCAGCUUUUGUUGCUAUGGGACCGUAUCCUUGGUUACGACUCCUUAGAGAUCGUCGCAGUCUUGGCGGCUGCCGUGUUUGCCUUCCGCGCCGAAAAUCUGAUGGAGGUGACAUCACUGGCCUCAGCCGAGGCUGUCCUCGCUGACCUCUCUACCCUGAAGGUCAUGCCCUUGCUACAGAUCUUCCUCUUUGCCACUGUCAUCUGA